AUAUUUUAUUUCUUGACUAUUUUUAACUACACUGAAGUGGAUGGCCUAAUGAAUCACCAGUUUUUGUAGUUAGAUCAUUCGUGUGAUUUGUUUGAGAUGGACAAUAUCGAUCCGACCAAGUCAAGACAAGUUCGGCAAGUGAGAAGAAUGCUUUAUUAAUCAUGUGGUAAAACCACAGCAAGAUAUGGGAUCAUUUAUUCAUUGGAGCUUUUUACCAUACAUUCGUAAAGAUGGCAAAUUGUCAGUCCUCUCAAAGCCAUAAAGCUCAAAAUAGGGAAAAAGUUAUGUCAAAUCAGUCAAAGAAUAAUCAAGAAAAGAAUGUUGUUCCAACAGCAGAAGCUGGUAAGAAGAAGGACCCAUAUGAAGAUUUCAAGGGAGCAAAACCAAAAAUUGGAAAAAAUAAGUGUUCAGAUGCUCAAGAUAUAGAAACCCAAAGGACACCAGAAUCCCCUAGAAAAAGACUGACACGAACGUUAACACUACGAAGGAGAAAAUCUGAUAGUAACAAACCAAAAGAUUCAGGCAAGAAGCGGAGGAGGUUCUGGUCAUCUUUUCGGAUAAAGGGCAGAUUUGCAAAUAGAAUGCGUAAAAGUAAAACCACAGGACUAGCAGAAGUGACACCCUCAUCCCCAGCCAGUGGGUGUGUGUGUACUGGAUACAGGCGUACACAGGACCACGUGUUGGGGCCAGGUGUGGUGUUUUCUUCUUCAGAUGGUGCUGAAGGUGGUGCUACUGGACACACACACACACCUCCUGUGACAGGUCCACCUGCAGGUCGCCUCCUCGCAGUCCGUGACCAGGAGCAGAGACUUACGAGGGAAAUGUUAGCAAGAGUGGUACCGAGUCCUAUGGUAGUAAGACCGGAUAGAGUACUCAUAGAUUUGUCUCAGUUUGACCCUGAGGAGUACCCCACGGUGGACCCAGAUGAGGUCAUGAUAGAACAGAGACGUAGAGACAUGGAGCGAGGGAUUGACAUAACUAUUGGCCCAAAUGUGCCGUACCAACCUCAUAUUCCCCUGGAAGAUCAGAUAUCUACUUUAGGUAUUGUCCUACAGAGACAACUUGUUAUACAGAAUACAUAUCCAAUGUCUGCAGCCCUUGCUGCCUCAUCUAUAUCACCAUCGCCACCAGUAGCGCCCCAUGGUGGUCCUAAUGUCAGUCCUAGUACAAAUGGCACUGUGGCUCACCAGAGUGAAUCUCAUUACAGUGAUAUCAAUAGCUGUACCAGUGUUAUGGUGCCUGCUCCUUCCCAGCCUGUCCACACUCAGGUGGACUACAUCCAUUGCCUGGUGCCCGACUUGCUCCACAUCUCAGCCUGCGGAUUCUACUGGGGCAUCAUGGAUCGCUACGAGGCAGAACGCGUAUUGGAGAAUCGCCCCGAAGGAACAUUCCUGCUAAGAGACAGCGCUCAAGAGGAAUUCCUUUUCUCUGUCAGUUUCAGGCGAUACGGUCGCUCGUUGCAUGCCAGAAUUGAGCAGUGGAAUCAUAAAUUCAGCUUUGAUUCCCACGAUCCCGGUGUUUUUGCAGCAGAUACUGUGUGUGGACUUAUUGAACACUACAAGGACCCCAGUUGCUGUAUGUUUUUUGAGCCAAUGUUGACAAUACCCCUGAACAGAACCAACCCCUUCUCACUCCAACAUCUCUGCAGGUCUGUGAUUUGUAGUAAUACUACAUAUGAUGGAGUCACGUAUUUGCCGCUGCCCAAAAAGCUGCAGGCAUUCUUAAAGUAUUACCACUACAAGCAGAAGGUUCGGGUGCGGAGGUUUGACUACAGUGCUGAUACUGACAUGUGCGACAACCAAGCUCAAAGUGAAAUGGUGAUGAAUGCCAAGUUAUAGAAAGUAUAGACUAGUGUUCUUUUAUGAUAUGAUAUAUAUUAUGAUCAGAUAAUAAUUAAUAUAUUUCAGAUAAAUUUUUAACUAACAUGCACGAACUGAUUAGAUUUUUUGGUAUAGAUGAUAAUUAUAGCAGUAAUUAACUUAAGAUGCCUGCUCAUUUUGUCCUUUUCUAAGGCGUCUGUAACAUUAUCAUUGAGGAUUAAAGCUUGUUAUAUCUUUUGGUUUCAUUUGGAAUUUGACAAUUGUUGUUUUGAAAAUUGAACUGUUUAUACAGAGAUAUAGUUAUUUAUAGAAAAACUACAAAUUUUUGUUGUAAUUUGUGCAUGAUUGUUCAUGACAAAAUUGAGAAGCAGAGACCCAGGAUUACAUGCAGAUUUGAUGAAAGAUUUUUUUCUAAGUGGCACACAGCAAUUUCUUUUUUGUUUCUGUUACACUUUUAUGUCAGUUUUACUUUGCCAAUGACUGAUUAUAUUGCAGUUUCUAACAGCUCUUAGAGGAGGUGAAUGACUCAGAGAACAAAAUGAAAGUUAAAAUAAGAGUCUGAGGUAUAUCCUAUAUAAACACUAUAUUGGAUUACACCUAAGUUGGUAAGGAAAGAACACUCUCAGUGUCAGUCUUAUCUUUUUAUAAUUCCACUUGUCAUUGCUUAUGCAUGUAAAUCCUUCCUGUUUUUUUUUUUUCCUAUAGUUACUAAAGAGAUAACAUCAGAGUACAGAGCUGAUAAAAAAAGGCCGUUGAUGUCAGCGCUCAGAUUUUUGCAUGGGGGUGGAGGCCAUUUUGGCCCACAGACAGCAUUUUAUAGCCCUGUCUGCAUGAUGCUAUGUGUAUAAUGCCUCCAGAGUAAGAAUGCUAUUUCUUUAUGUGGGGUUCUGA